AUGGCUCGACUCUGCCGCAGGUCCAAGAAUACCAUGACACUGGCUUUCCUUUUAGUGGGUAUGACUUUUGUGGGGCUGCACCAGUGGGUCCUUCAGAUGCCCACACAGGAGAAAGCUGAGGGCACCAACGCUGCUUCCUGGUCUUCUGCAGCUGCAGUGCAGCCGUCGCCGCCCCUCCCGGCGCCUCCGUGCGUGGCCAACGCCUCUGUGAACCUCACAGAGGGCUUCGAGCAGCUACCCGCUCGGAUUCAAGACUUCUUACGCUACCGCCACUGCCGCCGCUUCCCACAACUGUGGGACGCGCCUCACAAGUGCGCGGGCCGCCGAGGCGUCUUCCUGCUGCUGGCCGUGAAGUCCUCGCCUGCGAACUACGAGCGGCGCGAGCUGAUCCGACGCACGUGGGGCCAGGAGCGCAGCUAUAGCGGGCGACAGGUGCGUCGCCUCUUCUUAUUGGGGACCUCCCCUCCUGAAGAGGCAGCGCGCGAGCCUCAGCUGGCUGAUCUGCUGGGACUGGAGGCGCGCGAGCACGGCGACAUGCUGCAAUGGGACUUCAAGGACACCUUCCUCAACCUCUCGCUCAAGCAUCUGCACCUGCUGGAUUGGACAGCGGAGCACUGCUCGGGUGCGAGCUUCCUGCUCAGUUGCGACGACGACGUCUUCGUGCACACGGCCAACGUGCUGCACUUCCUGGAGGUGCAGUCGCCCGAGCACCACCUCUUCACUGGGCAGCUCAUGGCCGGUUCUGUGCCGAUCCGCGACAGCUGGAGCAAGUACUUCGUGCCCCCGCAGCUCUUCCCGGGCAAGGCCUACCCAGUGUACUGCAGCGGCGGCGGCUUCCUUCUGUCCAGCCGCACAGCCCGCGACCUGCGCAGGGCGGCACUCCAUGUCCCACUUUUCCCCAUCGACGAUGCUUACAUGGGCAUGUGUCUGCAGCAGGCCGGCCUGGAGCCCAGCAGCCAUGAAGGCAUCCGGCCCUUUGGCGUACGGCUGCCGGGUGCAAAGCGCUCAUCCUUCGACCCCUGCAUCUAUCGCGAACUCCUGGUGGUGCACCGUUUCGCGCCCUAUGAGAUGCUGCUCAUGUGGAAGGCACUGCACAACCCAGAGCUGCACUGUAGCCACAGGCACAAUGCAGGGUCUCCUGAGGCCAGAAAGCUCGGGAGCUGA